AUGGCCAUAACGUUGAUGCUACUCCUUUUCAUAGGUAUUUUCCUUAUUUUCUGCGAAAUGCUCCUGCAGACGGGUGUUUCCCUGAUAGUGGAGGAUCCUAAGGGUGCUGGCGAUGCCAGUGGCAAUGGCAGUGGCAAUGGUGUCUCACAACAUCGCCGUCGCACCGCCCAGUUGGCCACUCGCAAACGGAAGCGUCGCCCCCAACUUCCGCUGGCCACGAUGGGCGCCGCGGAGGAGGAGUCUAGUGUAGGUGCUGGUGCUGCUGCCAGUGCUGGUCCGGAUGCCACCUCCGCUUAUUGGCGUGGCCAUGUGGAGGACGAUGCAGAUGCCCUGCGAAGACGCAAGCAGCCGUUGGUCAGGGAACCGAUGGCAGCCCUCGAAAGGGAUCGCAGCGAGAGGGAGAGGGAGAGGGAGAAGCAGCGCCAGCGGUUGGAGCCCACGGAUGCCAGUCCGCAGGGCAGCAAUCCCAGCAAGGCCUAUCGACGUCCCUAUGGCCAGGCCAAAAAGGAACCCUCGACGGAUGCGGGCGAAGCUGCGCCAACCAAAACCGCCGUGGAUCUGAAGAAUAUCCUAAAGAAUUCGGGUGGCCUGAGUCUCAGCGAAAUCCUGCAGCAGAAGAAUCUCUCGUUGGACGAUCUGCUGAAGGGCAAACAGAAUGCUCUGCUAGCACUGCAAACCACAGCGGUUGCCCCACCAGCGUCCACUUACUCCUCCGCCGCCGCCGCUCGAGGAGAUUCCCCGAAGAAAUCAACCAGCCAACAGAGUAAACAGGGAGUACGACGACUGCCAGCUGCCUAUACCACUACCAGCACCACUGGCCACGAUGAGGAUGAGUCCUCGUCCUCGUCGUCGAGCACCAAAAACAAGGCCAAAUUCCCCACCGCCCUUCAGCGUUUGAAGCUCUUUGGCAGCUCAUCGCGGGAGAGCAUCACCACAAGACGCAUUUUGGGGGGAAUCAAUAGCUACGGCAGCAGCACCACCAUGGCCACUAGCACCACUGCCAGUGGCAGCACCACCACGAGCACCACCCGCGUGCCACUCUACAAGAAGCGGCAGCACUUGCGGUCCACCCUAAGGCCACCGGGACUGUAUAAGCCGUUGACCAGCACCAUCCUAAGCACCACCACAACAACCACAGCGGCGGCAGUGAGCACCACUCAGGAGGUGGAGACGAGCACCGUCUACUCCACCAGCACGGUGGUUAGCAACCUGGAAGACAGCCAAGAGGAGGAGCGCGAGAACUCCGACGAAAGGGAAAGGGAAGAGGAGCAGGUAGAGGAGAAGCUAAAAAACGAAGAGCAGGAGCAGGAGCUUAAUAACCAAGAGAACCAUGAGAACCAGGAUAGCCAGGAGAACCAGGACUUGGAGGAGCCCGAAGAGCAGCCCGAUUCCAGUGAAGCCGAGUCUGGGGAAAGCAACUCACACACCGAGGAGCCACCACCACCUGCUCCUCCUUCUCCUCCUGCUCCUUCUUCUGCCCUGCCACCCGGUGGCCCACGCUAUCGUCUGAGAAACUCCAGCAUUAAGGAGAUGCAGAAGCGUCUUAAGGAUAACUUUAUAGGCGGCAAUGUGGAAAUGGAGAGUGGCGAGGAAGUGGCAAUGGAAAUGGCCAGCUCAACGACGUCAGCCACACCACCCUCGAAUAAGAGUGGCGAGGAGCUGAACUACGGCGAAGACGAGCUGGAGAACUUCUUUGACGAAGUGGAGAGCCAUACGCAUCACACGCGAGUGCCAGCACCACCAGCCCCUGCACCACCGGCACAGUCACCCACAUCCGUUGUUGCACCACCAGCACCACCAGCACCCUCUCCCUCCUUUGAACCACCACCACCACCCGCCCGUGCAGCACCACCCUCAUUGUCGGCAGGCAGACCACCGCCACAAUUGAACAUUAUAGACGAUGUGGACGAUCGCACCGAUCUGCUGGAGCUCAUCGAGGACCGGCGGUCGGGCAACCGGCUGUUCAAGGUCCUGGAGCAGCGCAACAUGACCCUGGAGGAGCUGAUCGAGCACCGGAAACGCGGCUCCAGCCAGCUCCAUCUGUCCACCAUUGUGAGCGGCGGCGACGAGCACUCGCGCCUGUAUCCUGGCCAAAAGGUUCUGCUGCAGGACAACAUGGACAUCGUCACGGCUUUCGAGAACUUCCCGCACUUCAAUCUGAUGGACCUGAAGAGCGUCAAGCCCGAUGAAAUCAAGACGGACUCGCAGGGCUCCAGCUACUUCACCUCCAUCAUCGACAUUGAGCCAAACGACGAGGUUAAGCCCAUGGGAAAUCGAGGUCCCGCCUACGCGCAGACAUCUUCCUCAUCGGCGACGAUUGGAGCGGGCACGGGAACGAUAUCCAUCAAUUCGCGGGGCGAGAAGUCGCUGGGAUUCUUCCCGUCGUGGAAGACCCUGGCACUGGCCUCCCUGGCCACGGCCACGGCCACCGAGGAACGGAACCCGUACUUCCUGCCGCCGCCACGACUGCUGCUGGAUGGAAGCAGUUCGCAGGAGACGAACCAGGACCAGGACCAAGACUUACCAGGCGGUGGUGGUGGUGGUGAGCCCACCAGCAUCGACAUCGACCUGAGCGUGAGUCCAUAUGGGGGCAGCAACAGUAACGGCAACUCCUCAUCGAUGCUGGACAACAGUCGACUGCCGCCGAGCCACAACGAUGAUGAUGUGAUCGACGAGAUCGAGAAUGAGGUGGCGCGGGCACACGACCUCCUGGAUCUGGAGCUAUCCGGUCCCGGCUUCCAUCGCAGUCCGGCGGCAGCGGCGGCCACGUCCGCCGUAUCGCAACAGCAUCUGGGCAGCCUGUAUGCCAGCAUGCCCUCGGGCAUUCGGUCAGCGAUUGUGGCCAGCACGGCUAUUGUGAUCACCGCACUGGCCACGUUCCUGGUCAUCUUCGUGGUCUGCCGCUGGAAGCAGCAGCGGAGGCGGAAGAGCAGCUACCUUCGGACCUACAAUGCGAUGAAGAGCAAGCUGCCGCAGAUGGUGCAGCCAUCGCGUCGCUCCUCGAUGCGCCAGCACAUGGAGGAGCUGGUCGUUGGAUCCGCUUCGGGAUCGGGAUCGGGAUCGGGAACAGGAGCGGGAGCGGGAUCGGGAGCGGGCAUUGCCAGCAUCUCCACGUCGGUGGCCUGUUGUACGCCCGUCCAUCAGCUGCAGCGGCAGAGCUCGUUGCUCUUUGCACGCGAUGGAUCUGCCACAUUGAGCACCGCCACCUCACUGACCACGAAUACCAGCACAAACACCACCACCAUUUCGACGGGGGCGCAACCACCGGCCCCGUCGGAGGCUUUGAGUGGGCGUGGCCUGGCCAUUUCGCUUAGAAGUGCCCACCAGAAACUGAACACCAUGGAUCCCAAUUCGCCGGAGGUGCAGGAAUAUCUAUUCGACACGCUGCGCAAAUCCUUCGACAAUUAGGCACUAGGCAGUAGGCUCCUCUAGUAACAAUAGACCGUUGUUUAGGCCAAGUUUUAUAUAAAUGUACACGUAAACACACACAACCCCCCAUAUAAGCAAAACACACCCACUCACACACACACACACACACUCAACGCGAAGGAGCAAAAGUUAGUCGAUUAAUUAGUUUAAGAAGGUGGAAUUUUUUUUAGCUCGAUUAGAAGAACAUUCUGUGAGAGAAAGUAAAACUAACAAAACAAAAAAAGCCUAGAAAACACAUUUAAACAGUGCAUGGCAUGGCCAUAAGGUAGUUUAAAAAACAAAAAGGGCUACAAUAUUCAAAAGAUUGUGCAGGCUUACAGUUUUUUAGCCUUUUCUUUUUCAUAUUUUUCUUUUUUUUUCUUAACUUUUUUUUUUAACUUUUGUUUACUUCUUAAACAAAAUUUUUGAAUUUUUAAAUAAACAAAAAUGUUGAAAGAAAACUUUAAAAAUAAACUUGAUUUUACAAAAGAAUAUCAUCUUAUAUCUAAUUACUAUACUGCAUGCUUGUUUUUACAGAAUAUAAAACAUAAAUUUUGUUUGAGGAACCUAACUUUAAGCCGCCCUACGUUUAUGCCGCGCACUGUUGCUAGUCCCUAAGCUCGGCAAACUAUCGUUUCCAACUAUCUAGAAUCUAGAUCUAAUGUAUGAGUAUAAACCGUCAACUAAAACGACUCUUUCAACUAAAUUAUAGGACACGGCAUACAAAUGGGUUUCUUAAGCGCGAGAUAAAAACGAAAAACGAGAAAACUAUCUUCAACAAUGACAAGACCAGAAUCUUAGCCAAAAAGUACAGUUGUGUUUAGACACUUCCCGAAAAGCCCAAAUCGAAUAAUAUAUGAAAUUUGUGAGAGAAGAAAAACCAUUUAUGAGGACAAUAAUAUUAAUGAGAGAAGUACGAGAAAAAAAAAUGAGGAAAACUGUGUUCGAGACGAUUUACCAAAGCAAUUUCCUUUCUGGCACUGACAUACCAAAAUUAAAUUGAAAUUAGAUCAAGGCAAAGCAUAGAUGGGCGCUAGAUGGGCGUGGUUAUAAGCACAACAAUACCAGCAACGAUAACACUAAUAGAUUAAAUGUUCAAAUGCACUGCAAAAAAAGCAAAAGGAAAAUAGAAAGAAUACUUGUAUUUAUUUUAUAGAGCAGACACAUUAUUUUCAAUUUGAUUUGUUUUCUUUACACACCCCGCCCCUCUCACUCAGCAGUAGAACAUCUGGCGACAGUAUAGAUAUAUAUA